UGAGCGAUGCUGUCUCUGUUUAAUUAAACAAGAGAAAGGGCGUCUCCAGCUGGCAGCAAGUGUUCCGUGGUCACUAAAUGGCGUCUUGCUCCGUCUUCACCCCACCGGCGGCGCUCUCCGCGCCGGCGCCGUCCGGCCGGCAGCGCGCGGCCGCGGCCGUAUGUCUCCCCGGUGUUCGCGGCAGCCGCCCGGCGACCCGCGGCGUGCGGUGUAGGGCCGGGCAGGGCGGCGUCAAGGUCCCGGCGAAGCUGUCGGAGCUGUGGGCCGCGGCGAAGGACGCGCCUCCGCUGGCCGUGCUCGCGGCCGUGGCCGCGGCGGUGGCGAUCUACAAGGUUGGGUCCGGUCUCCUCGCGCCGCGCCCUCCCCCGCCGCGUCGGGGGGAGACCCAGACGGCCCCGCGACCUCCAGUGCCGGAGCCGGUGCAGGUGGGUGAGAUAACGGAGGAGGAGCUGCGGCAGUACGACGGGUCCGACCCCGAGAAGCCGCUGCUGAUGGCCAUCAAGGGGCAGAUCUAUGACGUCUCCCAGAGCAGAAUGUUCUAUGGACCUGGUGGGGCAUAUGCGUUGUUUGCUGGAAAAGAAGCCAGCAGGGCAUUGGCCAAGAUGUCCUUUGAACAGCAGGAUCUGAAUGGUGAUAUAUCUGACCUUACACCUAUGGAGCUCGGUUCCUUGAAUGACUGGGAGUACAAGUUCACCAGUAAGUAUGUGAAGGUAGGAACCGUAAGGGCAGCGCCUGCAGGAGAGGGUUAUGGCAUUUCACCUGCGAUACAGGAGGAAGUUACUGCACCUGUACCUGUGCUUGAGCCUGAGCUUGACCCGGAGCCGAAGCCGAUCCACGAUGAUGCACCAUGAAAGGAAACACACAGACAUCUGAGCAACACAGGGAAGAACGAAAUGGAAGGCGGAGCACUACUGAUAGUGUCCCAAAGGGACUUAGAAUUUAGGAAUAACCGAACGCCGCCUAUAUGCUGCAUGGAUGUUCGGAAGAAAAUAGUAUAUAUGUACUGUGUAGUAGGAUCAAAUGGUUGGAUAUGAUUAUAUGAAGAGAUCAGUGCUCUAGCUCAGUGAUGUGCAUCUUCAGAAAUGAGACAUGAGUUUCCCUUCACAAAAAAAAAAGAAAUUAGAUAAGUUGUUCCA